AUGUCGCCUGUCCGACACUGCUUCCUGCUUAUUCUCGCACUUAUUCUCGUGGCUGGUGGCCACGCGUUCACUCUCUAUCGCGCCAACAAACCGAAUCAUCGAUCGGGAUCCGAUAGGUUAGUGGUGGAAAAGUUAGGCCAGAUCUAGUUGGGUGGCCUAGUUUUUCAUGUUUGGAGAAGCUAGGCCAUGUCGAAUAGUGUCUUAACUUGUCCCAAUUUGAAAAGUUAGUGUUGGGCCUAGUUUUUGUGGUCGGAGAAGCUAGGACUUUGUUAUCAUUUAGAAGACUAGUUGGUGGCCUAACUUUUUCUUGUUAGAAAUCUUAGGCCAUGUCCAGAGAUGGCCGAACUUCCUCCCUAGGCCAGCCCAGUUUUCUCAAUUCAACAAUAACAAGAGUUUUGUAGUGCGUCGGCGGAUGUCUCUGUUCUUUGUGAUCAUCCUUUGUUCUCAACACCAUAGAACAUUCACAUCAACUAUUAUCGGUUCACUUUCUAAUUGCAUUUCAGCCGUAACAAAUCCGAGAAUGUCGAUCUCGACGAGACGGACAACGGAUCGUUCGAUCGGCUCAAAAACGUGCUCAGCAACCUGAAUCCCUCCGUCGGACUCAUGCACGCGGUCCGAUUGUAUCGAGAAUAA